UAUACUAAAUCAAGAUGAAUUUACAGAGAUUGCUUUGCCCUAGAUGGAUAGCUGUUUUAGCUAUAUUGAUUGGCAUGAAAAUGGCUGGAUGCGUGGAGAUAACAUACAAGAUGCUGGCCAAGGGUUGUGAAUCUAGAUGUAAUAACAUGUUUCCUCGUCCAAUUUCUGGGCCUAACAACCCUCCGGCACCCUCAAAGAUAGAGUAUCUGGAUUACGACGAUGUGAAGAAGUUUUCAUGUUUGGAGGCGUGCCGUAUGGCAGUCACGGCAUACCCUAAAAGCGAUGACGAGAUUCGCCGAUACGAUAUCAUCAAUAAAAGCAAGUCUGACUAAAUAAAAUCACAU